AAGAGGUAAGAUUGGCGAUCGAGUGACCGUUCUAAAAUACUCCAACGCACGAUCAACGACGACGACGGCGUUACGAAUGGAAAACUCCGUCGGCCAUCCUCGAGCAGGAGAUCACGGGUUACUUCGCGGAAUUUCGGAGCUCGCGGCGAGACGGUGAUCAUGGUGAACGCGGGCAGCGCGGUGGCGCACUUCGUGAAACUGUUGGUGACCGCGGUAUGCAUGAGGAAUCUCGCCGAGCCUUACCGGGGGAAGAUCUUGCCAACUACGUGGUGUCUGAGCGCUUUUCGCAUUCUCUUCAUGCAUUCGAUCUUGGGAAUCUUCAGAUUCGGAGUUCCAUUCACCUCGGCGUCAACACCUACAGCAAGAUGCUUUCGCAGCUUUUACGACUGGUAUUCGUACGGCAUUGAAAUUGUCCCUUUGGCGUUACUGACGUCCGGUAUAUUGAGCGCAUAUCAGAUAGAUGACAACAUCCGUAUGCUGUUACUGUUUCUCGGCACAAUACCGAUAUUAUUUCCACUCGCCGUAAAGCAGAAAGAAAGUCAACUCCGAAAAUUCCGUCUUCUGACCGAUGUCGCCGUUGUGUCGCAGAUACUUGCGAUCACGAUACUUGGCUUGCGAAACGACAAUUAUAACGAAGAGGACGAUCAGAAGGUGGCCGUGAUGCGCAAGGCCUUCCAGAUGUUCGACACGACGAAGAGCGGCUUCAUCGAGACGAUGAAGAUCUCGACGAUCUUGAACACGAUGGGCCAGCUAUUCGACGACGGCGAAUUGAACUCCCUCAUCGAGGAGAACGAUCCCGAGGGGCAAGGCAAGGUGAACUUCGACGGUUUCUGCAAGAUCGCUGGCCGUUUCCUCGAGGAGGAGGACGCCGAGGCGAUGCAGGAGGAGCUGAAGGAGGCCUUCCGACUUUACGAUCGCGAGGGUAACGGAUACAUCACCACGGCGACGUUGAAGGAGAUCCUGGCGGCGCUCGACGACAAGCUCACCAGUUCCGACCUCGACGGGAUCAUCGCUGAGAUCGACACCGACGGCUCCGGCACGGUGGAUUUCGACGAAUUUAUGGAGAUGAUGACCGGGGAAUGAGCGUGCCUUCGGACGGUGGCAACGAGCGGCAACGACGAAUGGAGUCGCGCGCAAUCGCGUCGCGACGGAUUUGCAUUAGCCAUGAUCUCCGGGAAGUCAGUACACUUUUUUAAUAAAGUAAUAUUUAUACUUGCGCAAGAGACAGAGAGAAAGCGGCAGGGAGGAAGAGAGAAAGAAA